ACCGAGUCGGAGUGGAUCCACGAUUCCGCUCCGAAAUUGCCCAUCACUACCUGUCACGCAUACUCGAUGGCUGUCAUCGCGUACGGUGCAGUGUUUUUGUUCAGAAAACAAUUGUUCCUUUUACCAAGCGCCCUAGCAAAUAUUCCAUGUCAUGGUUCUGCUCAUCUUGCAUCUUGUCUGUUUGCAAGAUGAUUCCGUGACUUUUGCAAUAAGGCAGCAAUAAGCUUCUACCCUCCGUUUUCCGAGGUUUGUGAUUGCGGAUUGCAUAAAGAGCUGUGUAUAAAGAAUGGUGCCUGGUAGUGUUACGUUCACCAUAGGUGUGUUUACGAUUUGCUAGUUUGUGUGUGUGCGUGCCCGCGUUUCGUGUGUGUUUAUGUUUUAUCUCUGCGCGUACAAGAAUCCCUUUCUUACCCUUCGGGGGUUUGCUGAAGGGCUCAAAUAUUGCGCGAUGACAGGGUGAAUACAAUGUUGUGAAACAAAAGUAAACCAUUCCCGCACAAUCAAUAACAAUUCACAUCAUCGCUGAUCAGUCAAACCAGUAGGAAGUCCGGUUUUUCGGGGAACCAUCGUUCGUAACGUUACCUUGCGGCGCUUGGUCGCGGCCUGUAUGGGCAACGCAGACAUCCGGGCUAUCGAGCCUGCGAUAAGCUGCAACAACAAUCCCGCACUAGAGAGCGAACUGCAAGGCAACCAUAAUCAGGACGUACCGGUGGAGGUCCAGGAGCGGAAGAAGCGGAACAAGGACAAUCGGGUCGUGUCGUUUCAGCUACCACAAUCAGCUGACGGUGCGAAUUUGGGCCUGGUUGCACGGUGGUACCAUGAAACAUUAGCACAUCGUAGUUACAUCGUCUGGCUGCAUGGUGUUGUGUCGAGGGUCGCGAAUGUACUGCGUACGAUCCGGCCGAACUCCCGUAAGCGCGUAACCCACCGGACACGGCCAUUUGCACGCAUCUCCCGACGACGGUGGCACCAGACGACACUCGACAGUGAGACACAGCUGCUGAAAAGCUGUUGGCCGGUACCGCAAACCGAACGCUUGUUUUUACCCACCUUCCCGGUGGACGAACGGCGCUGCGAGCGUUACGUUCAGCGCACCCAUCUGGCGGAUGGUGCAUUCGGUCGGGUUUAUCGCGUACAGGACGCGUGUGAGGGUGCAACCUUAGAGCACCGUCCACAUUGGUACGCGUUGAAGAUUUUACAAAAGUCCACCAUUGUUCUGUCUGAUGCAGCUGGACAGGUAAGGGACGAAGUCAAGAUACAGACAAUCUGUGGGCAUCAUCCGUUUAUAGUGCCGUGUAUCGAUUAUUGGCAAAAUCGUACUAGUAUAUUUCUGUUGUCCGAAUUUUACGGCAAUGGAGAAUUAUUUCAUCGUUUAAAGUCCUUCACCGUUCAGUUGGUUCAGUUAUAUGUGGCAGAGCUAGCUUUAGCUAUCGAUUUUCUUCACAACGCUGGCAUCAUCUACCGAGAUCUGAAGCCGGAGAACAUAUUGCUCGAUGAUCGCUAUCACAUCAAACUGAUUGACUUUGGGCUCAGCAAGUGGCUUAGCAUCGGUAGUCGAACUACAACGCUCUGCGGCACGAUACAGUAUAUGGCGCCGGAAAUUUUGCGUGGAGAACCGUACGGACAUGCCGUCGACUGGUGGGCGCUCGGGGUACUAGCGUGCCGGAUGUACACAGGCCGGUACCCAAACAUGGACCCGACAGAGUAUCUGAGGGCAGCAGCGACUGGGCUGGACGUCCAGCCAGCAACAGUGCCGCCGACGGCUCAACGUGUCUCGGCAUACACGGCCACCGCCAUCACCGGAGUGGAGCGGCUAUUGCCGGAAUCGGUCGAUCGCUUAGUACCAGAAGGACGCGAUCUGCUUCAGCGAUUGCUUCAACCAGAUCCAAAAGAUCGGCUACGUUCGCUGCUGCAACUCCAGCGUAUCGCCCUCUACCAGCACUACAGGUGGGAGGAUGUACGCAAUAUGAAGAUUUUACCUCGAGAUCUGUUCGAUGAUGAGUGCCUAACAGAAAUGGAAGAUAUCUCGUUUCCGGAAUUCUAAUGAACAUCGAUCAUCGAACCUGCACUUAUUAGAAUCUCAUCACGCACAUUCUACUAGACGUAUAGGGAGGGAUAGUUUCCCUCAUGCUUUUUGUUGCUUGUUGAUAUCAAGACUCCAAUAGAACUGUUCAGUAUUUGAGUAAUGUUA